AAGUCGAGCAAACCACAAAAAUACAAAAAACAUCCAGAAACAUAUUUUUGCCCAAAAAACACACUUACAAAAGGAAAAGAAAAAGAGUACCAAUUAAAUAAAAUAAACGAAAUUUUGCAUAACAAAUUUCACUCACGAAAUAUAGACGUAAUUUUUUCCCAACAAAAGGAGGAAAUUUGUUGGAGAAAAAGGAUGGAAUUUGAUAGAACCAAGAGCCAGACAACACGAUACUAUUACUGUGGUGGUGGCGUUGCUUUUAAUUUCUCAACUUUAUUCAUUUUUAUUACUAAUCUCUCUUUGAAUCUCCAAUUUUCCUCUGAUUUCCUCGAUUCUCUCUCUAAUUUUUGGUAUUCUCAUUCGCCACAACCUUCUCUUAUAUUUAUACAUGAUACAUUGUCCCUCUAUAUGGUAUUGGCGUUAUCAUCAUUAUUUGUGUUAUUUGCACAUCACAUGUGCGUCAAAUUUCUGUCCUUUUUUGUGUUUUGUUGUUCGAACCCUAGUCUUUUUGGUGGUCAAGUCUUGAAUUUUUUGGGGUUUGUGGUCUGCGAAUUGAUCUCCCAUGGAGGCUGGCUCUGGGGGAGAUGCUAAUAGGGAUAUGGAUCAGACGGAGGGGUCGAAGAGGCCCAAGCGUCAGAUGAAGACGCCGUUUCAGUUGGAGAUGCUCGAGAAAACAUAUGCCUGGCCUUUUUCUAUCGAGUCCUCUGGGAUGUAUGUGGACAUGUACCCAUCUGAGGCGAUUCGUGCAGAACUUUCACAGAAAUUAGGUUUAACCGACCGGCAAUUGCAGAUGUGGUUCUGCCACAGGCGGUUGAAGGAUAAGAAGGAGGCAUCAGGUGCCUCAGCCACAAAGCCACGAGCCGCUGGGCCCACUGGGAGGAAGGGAUUCAUUGAGCCCACAAGAGAGGAGUUAAUGUCAGUUGAGCCUGUCAGUGAACAUGGCUCUGGUUCUGGAUCAGGGUCAGGGUCAGGUUCAGGUUCUAGUGGGUUCAAUAAUGGAGAUGAUACUCCAAUGGUGCCACUAAGGUAUUAUGAGUCACCUCAGGCGAUUCUGGAGAGAAGAGUGAUAGCUUGUGUGGAGGCACAGUUGGGAGAGCCAUUAAGGGAAGAUGGGCCUAUUCUCGGAGUCGAGUUUGGUGAUCUGCCCCCUGGUGCAUUUGGUGCACCCAUAGUGCCGAGAGAGCAGCAAAACAGAUCCGUACGUUCUUAUGAUAGCGAUUUGCAUGGGAACUAUGACAUGAAGCAUGUCAAAGCUGCUGCAUAUACUGGUACUCAGGGAGUGGAGUCUAAAAUUAGAACCGACGCCUAUGGGCAUGCGACCCCAUCGGAUCAUGUUGAAGGCCAGGUAUCAGACAUGGAUAUGCAUUCUCAUAAGCCAAGCAGGCAAUUGCAGUUUGCAUCAUCUCCGGUUAAUACGGAUUUUGUUAUACCCGAUGAUAACAGUCCGCAUAUGGAGAGAAAACGCAAGAGUGAUGAAGCUCGACUUGGAAGAGAAGUUCAAGCCGAUGAAAAGAAAAUUCGGAAAGAGCUUGAGAAGCGAGAUUUUUUGAGGCGAAAGAGGGAGGAGCAAAUGAGGAAAGAAAUGGAGAGACAAGAUCGUGAACGAAGGAAAGAAGAAAUACGAAUGAUGCGAGAGCAGCAAAAGCAGGAGGAGAAAUUUCAGCGGGAGGAGAGGCGUGAAAUGGAACGGAGAGAGAAAUUUAUGCAAAAGGAACUUUUGCGAGCAGAGAGAAGGAAACAGAAAGAGGAGCUCCGGAGAGAGAAGGAAGCAGCAAGACAGAGAGCUGCCAUGGAGAGAGCCGUGGCACGGAGAAUUGCUAAAGAGUCCAUGGAUUUAAUAGAAGAUGAGCGCCUGGAGAUGAUGGAAUUGGCUGCUUCAAGCAAAGGGCUUCCUUCAAUUCUGUCUCUCGACUAUGACUCUUUGCAAAAUCUUGAGUUGUUUCGAGAUGCCUUGUGUGAAUUCCCUCCAAAGUCUGUACAAUUGAAAAUGCCUCUUGCCAUCCAACCUUGGAUGGGUUCAGAUGAAAACGUUGGCAAUCUCAUGAUGGUCUGGAAAUUUUGCGUAACAUUUGCAGAUGUUCUUGGGCUUUGGCCUUUUACCAUUGAUGAAUUCAUACAAGCUUUGCAUGACUAUGAUUCAAGGCUGCUUGGUGAGGUACAUAUUGCAAUUCUGAAACUUGUUAUAAAAGAUAUUGGAGAUGUUGUGAGAACUCCUUCAACUGGACCAGGCACAAACCAAUAUAGUGCUGUUAAUCCUGAAGGAGGGCAUCCUCAUAUUGUUCAAGGGGCAUAUGCAUGGGGUUUCGACAUAAGAAACUGGCAGAAGCACUUAAAUCCACUAACAUGGCCAGAGGUAUUAAGGCAAUUUGCUCUAUCUGCUGGUUUUGGGCCACAGUUGAAGAGAACGGGCACCAAUCGGGUUUCCUCAAAUGACAAUGAUGAGAAUAAAGGCUGUGACGAGGUUGUGUCCACCUUGCGAAAUGGUUCAGCUGUUGAGAAUGCCGUUGCAAUUAUGCAAGAGAAAGGAUCCACCCUCCAACGUAAAUCCAGGCACCGCUUAACUCCUGGAACUGUUAAAUUUGCUGCAUACCAUGUUCUUGCUCUUGAGAGAAGCAAAGGACUAAAUGUUAUUGAACUUGCUGACAAGAUUCAAAAAUCUGGGCUCCGUGACCUGACGACAAGCAAGACUCCGGAAGCUUCUAUAUCUGUUGCCUUGUCGAGGGAUCCGGUACUGUUUGAAAGAAUUGCUCCUUGUACAUACUGUGUACGUCCAGCUUUCAGAAAGGAUCCUGCUGAUGCUGAAUCAGUAAUUGCUUCCGCUAAAGAAAAAAUACAGAGUUACGGCAAUGGUUUUCUGGCUGGUCAAAAUGGUGAAGAGGAAGAAAGGGAUGAUGAUUCAGAUAGCGAUGUUGCUGAGGGUGCAGAAGUCGAUGCUUUAGCUCCUUCAUUAGUUGAUACAACCAAAAAUGGUGAAUGCAAUGAAAUCGGGUCAUGCUCUAGUGAUGCUAAAGACAAGCUUCCUGAUCCUGCUGCUCUGCCAAAUGAAGUUGGUAAUGUUGAUACUGGGGAAGAACGUCCUGAACAAGGUGUUGAGAUUGACGAAAGCAAGUCGGGGGAGCCCUGGGUUCAAGGACUCACUGAAGGAGAAUAUUCGGAUCUAUCGGUUGAGGAGCGUCUCAAUGCUCUUGUGGCCUUGAUUGGCAUUGCGAAUGAAGGGAAUUCACUUCGUGUAAUUCUAGAGGAACGGAUGGAUGCUGCAAAUGCUCUAAAAAAGCAGAUGUGGGCCGAAGCCAAUCUGGACAAAAGGCGAUUGAGGGAGGAAAUCAUUUCCAAGCUUUAUGAUUCUUCUUUCAAUGCUGCUGCUGGAGAGAGUGGUUUGUGUCCUCUAGUUGCUGUGGAAAAUAAAAUGUAUGACCCAUCAGCAAACAAUAUUGGGAGAAAUGAAAUGGCGGAGAAUAUUCAAAAUUCCAUUGAUAAUCUUGCCCAGGAUGCAUCCAUGGGUCAGUUUAUUUCUCCAGCUCUGCAGAACGGACAUUCCACAGAUAGGUCUCGCUUGCAGCUAAAGUCUUAUAUAGGCCAUAAGGCAGAAGAACUUUAUGUCUACAGGUCCCUGCCUCUGGGUCAAGACAGAAGGAGAAAUCGCUAUUGGCAGUUUGUGGCUACAGCUUCUUGCUUGGAUCCUGGUUCGGGCAGAAUAUUUGUCGAGUCAUCCAAUGGCAAUUGGAGACUUAUUGAUACUGAGGAGGCGUUUGAUGCUCUCCUUGCAUCUUUGGACACCCGUGGGACCAGAGAAUCCCAUCUGCAUAUAAUGCUGGAAAAGAUUGAAGCCUGCUUUAAGGAAAGUCUACAAAGGAAUUGUUUAUCCCGCAAUAUAGCAAAUGAUGAUGGUGAGAUGGCUGGACAAGAAGUCGAGAGCCCCAGCAGUGCAGUUUCCAAUACAAACUCGGAUGUGCCAGAACCAUCAUCAUCUUCCUUCAGAAUCGAGACAGGUAGAAAUGAGACCGAGAGAAAGAACUUUCUGAAGAGAUACAAAGACUUACAGGCUUGGAUAUGGAAAGAGUGCUUCAGCUCGUUGGUUGUUCGUGCCAUGGCAUACGGGAAAAACAGGUGCUCACCUAUGUUGGGAGUUUGUGAGAUUUGUCUUGAUACAUACGAUUCUAAUGAGGACAUUUGCCAUUCUUGCCAUCAAACUCAAAGCAAGGCUGUUGCAAGGGGAUGUUUCUCAGGAGAAAUUAAUAUAGUUGAUGGAACAGACUUGAUUAUGUCAGAUUCGUCUCCAUUGAGAAUCAGAUUGGUCAAGGCCGUUCUAUCGUCGCUUGAGGUUGCUCUUCCUGCUGAGGCUCUUAAUUCCUCCUGGAAUGAUGACUGUAGGAAAGCGUGGGGUUUAGACCUGCAGAAAUCGUCAUCCAUCGAGGAUCUCCUACAGAUCCUGACUCAGCUUGAGGGUGCCGUUAAACGUGAUUAUCUCUCCCAAGAUUUUGAGACCACAGAAGAAUUGUUGCGUCUUGGCCCAUCAAGUAAUUACUCUGAACUCCCUCAACUUCCUUGGAUACCGAAAACUGCAGCUGCCGUGGCUCUGAGACUUUUGGAGCUUGACGAGUCGAUCUUCUAUACUCCGAACCAGAAGGCUGAGUCCUUUGAUCAGAAGAAAUUGGAAGCCCAUCCAGUUGAGCCUCUCUCACUUGCUACGCGGGCCCAAGGUGGGGGCCCGCGUAGCAAGUCUCAAAAUGUUGGGCCCAAAUGGCGGCCCGUCAAGCAGAGCAGCAGCGGUAAACAAGGGGAGACGCUGGCCCAGAUCCUCAUGCAGCAGCAAGGUGGGCCGAAGAAUGUGCGUGGCCGGAGGACUGUCAGGAGGAGACCGGAGAAGAAGGCCGAAAACAAGACCUUGCAGGAUUAUUAUUUGGACGAUAAGAGCCCAUUCAGAAAUAACGUGCAGUUGCCAAGAAAUUCAAGGUCUAGGGAUAAUAAUGUCAUGGUUGAGAAUAAUAAUGAGAGCAGUAGUAGUAGCAGCAUGGAAGAAGAAGAAGAAGAAGAAGAGGAGGAGGAUUUGAUUGGAUAUGAGGAUUGGGGCCGGUCGGGCUAUGGUGUGGGUGUUUUGAACAGAGGUGAUGAGAUGAUGAGUGAGGAGGAAGAGGAUGAUGAUGCGAAUGGUUAUGCUGAAGAUGGUGGGAAUAUGUUCAUCAACUAUGAUGUCGAUAAUUCAGAGGAUUACAGCGACUGA